AUGGUGGAUUACUUCUCCAAGUGGGUGGAGGUCGAGCAGUUGGCUAAAAUAAGUGAACAGAUGGCCUUCACCUCAGUGGCCAACGCCCAAAGCAACAACCAGGCGGAGGUCACCAACCGAGAGAUCCUCAGAGGCCUACGAACUCGACUCGACCAUGCGAGAGGCAGCUGGUUCAACGAGCUCCCUAGCGUUCUGUGGGCCCUCCGUAUGACUCCCAAGGAGAUGACCGGCGUCACACCAUUUCACUUAGUGUACGGCGGUAAAGUGGUGGUCCCCAUGGAGGUCGGAGUAGAAUCCAACUGGCUUCAUCUCUACGAUGAGGGGAAUGCUGAGCGGAGGUACAUGGAGCUUGAUUUGGUGGACAAGACAUGGGACAAGGCUACCAUUCGACUGAUGGCAUAUCGACAGUGA